UUCCACUCUCCGUUCUUACAUGCGCUCCCCAUAUAAGACAGAAGUCUGGGGGAGAGGGCGUAAAGAUUAUAUUCGUUGGCUUGGCGCCUCAUCACAAGAAGACAAAAGAAAAAGAGACGGACUUGAGCAAUAUUUUGCACGGACAGUAUGGCACAGAAGGAAAAGUUGCAGUGUCUUAAAGAUUUCCAUAAGGACACUUUGAAGCCGUCUCCAGGUAAGAGUCCGGGGACGCGCCCUGAAGACGAGGCAGAGGGCAAGCCACCACAGCGGGAGAAAUGGGCCAGCAAGCUGGAUUUCGUGCUCUCCGUGGCCGGAGGUUUUGUCGGUUUAGGCAACGUUUGGCGUUUCCCAUACCUCUGCUACAAGAAUGGCGGAGGUGCAUUUCUCAUCCCCUACUUCAUAUUUCUGUUUGGCGGAGGUUUGCCCGUCUUCUUUCUGGAGGUGGCACUCGGACAGUUCACCUCUGAGGGAGGAAUCACCUGCUGGGAGAAACUCUGCCCCAUUUUCACUGGAAUCGGCUACGCUUCAGUCGUGAUAGUGUCGCUGCUCAACAUCUACUACAUUGUGAUCCUGGCGUGGGGUCUUUACUACCUGCUGCAGUGUUUUCAGAACGAGCUGCCCUGGGCUCGCUGCAGACACAGCUGGAACACGGCGAACUGCAUCGAGGACACCGUCCGCAAGAACAAAACCCUCUGGCUCUCCGCCAACGCCACAAACUUCACCUCGCCGGUCACUGAAUUCUGGGAGCGGAACGUCCUGAGCAUCUCUUCAGGGAUCGAUGAGGUUGGCGGGCUGAAGUGGGAUCUGGCGCUCUGCCUGCUGGCUGUGUGGAUCAUCUGCUUCUUCUGCAUCUGGAAAGGAGUCAAAUCCACCGGCAAGGUGGUCUAUUUCACAGCCACGUUUCCCUUCCUCAUGCUGAUUGUGUUGCUGGUUCGUGGUGUGACUCUGCCUGGUGCCGCCGAGGGCAUCAGGUUUUAUCUUUACCCCGACCUGACGCGUCUGCAGGACCCGGAGGUGUGGAUUGAUGCAGGCACUCAGAUCUUUUUCUCUUAUGCGAUUUGUCUUGGUGCAAUGACAUCACUGGGAAGCUACAACAAAUACAAGUAUAACUGCUACAGGGACUGCAUGCUACUCGGAUGCCUUAACAGCGGUACCAGUUUUGUGUCAGGCUUUGCCAUCUUCUCCGUGUUGGGGUUCAUGGCACAAGAGCAGGGCGUUGCCAUUGCCGAUGUGGCAGAGUCGGGUCCUGGUCUGGCUUUUAUCGCAUACCCAAAGGCCGUUACAAUGAUGCCACUGCCAACGGUCUGGGCCAUACUUUUCUUCAUUAUGCUUCUGCUGCUGGGCCUAGACAGUCAGUUUGUAGAAGUGGAGGGUCAGAUCACCUCUCUGGUGGAUUUAUACCCGUCCCUCCUAAGGAAGGGAUACCGGAGAGAAAUCUUCAUCGCUGUGAUCUGCAUCAUCAGUUAUCUGCUGGGACUCACCAUGGUCACUAAAGGUGGCAUGUACGUGUUCCAGCUUUUUGACUUUUACGCUGCCAGCGGUGUGUGUCUUCUCUGGGUUGCAUUCUUUGAAUGUGUUGCAGUAGCCUGGGUUUAUGGGGCUGAUAAUUUCUACGAUGCUAUAGAGGACAUGAUCGGCUACAGACCCAGUGGUUGGAUGAAAUGGAGCUGGAUGCUGAUCACACCGGUCCUUUGUGUGGGUUGUUUUGUCUUUUCAUUGGUGAAAUACAAGCCGCUCACCUAUAACAAGUUUUAUGAAUAUCCUGAUUGGUCGAUUGGAUUGGGUUGGGCUCUUGCACUGGCUUCGAUGAUUUGUAUCCCGAUGAUGGUCGUCAUCAAAAUUAUCCAAUCAGAUGGCUCCCUAAUAGAGCGGAUCAAAGCCGUGGCGGCACCUGUGAAAGGAGGUGCGAGCUCUCGUCCAAAGGACUACAGUCUGAAGAACAGUGAGCUGCUGCACCCUCUGGACCCAAACGGCAUCCAUGCCUUCGCGAAACACACCCACACCAUCGUAGAAACUAAUAUUGAGAACACUUGAUGCUGGAGACUUGCAGCGCCACGUCUGGUUAGGAUAUGUUCAACAUCUUUUGAACAAGAGUGAGUUGUUUUUUAAGAGUUUAAGAGCUUAAUUUGUAGAAAAUACGUACAGCAGCAGCAGCAACGUUAAAUGUGUGACAUAUAGCAACAUUAUGAUGUCUGUCAGUGGUUGUGGCAGUAACAUUUGUACAAUGAGAUUCUAAAUGCUCUUUGUCUGGAAGAAAAAUGAAUGUACCUCCGCUUUGAGCGGAUGCUGUGCACAGCUUAUAAAUACAUACACAUAUACAAUAGGGUCCAAAAAUCAGAGACCACUAUUGAAAUUGCUUAUGUUUAGCACACUUGUUUUCCAUUAAAAAUGUUAUGAUCAGCAUAACAAUUUGACUGAAAUGUUAUAAAAUUAUAAUUAAUUUCUUCACAAGUCCCACUUUUGCUGUAAUGACAGCAUGCACUCCAGAUGGCAUGGACUCCACAAGUUUGUGCCAUCCUAAUGAAAAUGUUAUUCAGCAUGAUUUGAGAAUGUUUUAAAGAGCAUCUUGUGUGCUUCAAUGGAAGGAUUUAACAUGGUCAAUGUGACAAAUUUGCAUCAUAAUGUUUCUUUGCUUAAAGAUUUUCAAAAUCCUAAAACUUUUUAUUUCUAGGUUUAGAUGGAAUUUUAAAUUCCAGAUUUUCAGAUGUGGUCUCAGACAUUUAAUCCCUGUUGUACGUACAUUAACACAGAAGAAAACCUUUUAUAAACUAAACACUUUGCUGUUUUCGGUCUCUCGUUGAACUGUAGUGAUCACUGCCUUUGCACACACACAUACACACACACAGAGCCAUUCAGAUUAACUUUAAUACUGUAGGCAGCUGUGUUCACAUUUAAUGUAAGUAUCAUUUGAUGCUCUAUAAUAAGCAUCAUUUACUGUUACAGAUAUCUGAGAUCUGCUGAUUGUAACCACUGUGCAGGGCCGUGUGGCAGCACUUUACUAAUAGCCGGAUGUGUUUAUCACAUGAUCCAGUCUAGCCAAACUGCUCAACACCAUAUCAAUCAUCAGAUUUAAGAAUGAAUGCAGGAAAUCUGGGCUUUAAAUAUUGCACAGAGACACUGCCAUUCCUGCAAGCCCUGUCUGGCCCAAGGCCCGUGGAAUUGUCUACGAACCAAGCCUUAAAACCUCGAAAUAUUCAAGCUAAUCACCAACAGCAAAGAACUGCCCUCCAUAAUACCUCCGUGUCCUUUACCCCAGACCACCCACCCCUUCAUAAAUACCAGCCCUUAGAUUGACCUCUUUAACCCUCUUGACGCCAGUGUCUUUGCAUACGUCAACUCAUCUGACCUGACCCUUUCUAAAUUUAACUAGCCCCUCUGUUCUGUUUCCAACAAAACAUCCUUUUCCCUCCAAGCUUACUGUUCAGGGAUAGCUCACCCAGCAAUGAAAAUUCUUGACUCAACAUCAUGUUGUUCCAAACCUGCAUGACUUUCUUCUGUGCAACACAAAUUGAGAUGUUAGUCAGUAUGUUAGCCUCAGUCAACAUUCACUUUCAUUGCAUCUUGCUUCCAUACGAUGAAAGUCAAUUUCAGGCUGCCCUUCUUCCAUAGAAGAAAGUCAUGUGGGUUUGGAACAACAUGAGGGUGAGUAUAUGACAGAGUUUUACAUUUUGGUUAAACUAUCUCUUCAGCAAGUGUUUGCUCAUUUGUUGUAUUUUCAUUUAUCUAAAAUUUGCCUUUUAGUAUUUCAACCAUUUUAUACUGUACCUGAUCUGAUUGGUCAUUUGCCUCUAUUUGUUUCUGAAUGUUUUCAGAAAUGUAUUUUUAAAUGUUGAUUAGUGUGAGCCUAAAUGCAAUUUGCAGUGUGCAAUAUUUGUAAACAUGUGGCUUUGUCAGUUUUUUAUCAUUUCUGCUGGAAAAUAUUGUAAUAAGGUUGAAAUAGGACAUUCAAGAAACAAUUUUUCAUUCACAUAAAUAAAUGACUUGUUACCUUGCUGUACGAUAAGGUAACUUGAUUAAAACAAAUUCAGUCUUGUAAAACCAAAGUCGUUUUGUGAUGGACACCAUUUAAGAUGCAUAUUGCAUCUUUCAGAUACAAAAUAAAAAAUGUAGAAUCUU